UUGGUUUUGUUUACAUCGCGUCUCGCGUGUAACGAAUCGCAUUUUCGCUUCGAGUUCACCCUAUUGCUUGCUAAUUAAAAAAACUUAAAACUUGGAAUCAGAAUGUUCGAUAUUCGGCUAAGUAGAAGCAUGCCAAAGGCAGAACCUGAAAUUGAAGAUAUUCAGAACUUGGUUACUCCUGGAACUAUUGUUUCUCUCGAUCCCGGAUUCAUGAGAGGUCGUGGUACAUGGAUGGAUGAUGAUAAAAUAUGUGCUAGUGUAGCUGGCACUAUUGAAAGAGUUAAUAGGCUAAUUUCGGUGAGACCUCAAAGAUCUAGGUACAUUGGUGAAGUUGGAGAUGUGGUAGUUGGCCGAAUCGUAGAGGUGCAACAUAAACGAUGGAUGGUUGAUAUAAAUGCACGUCUCAAUGCUGUGUUGCUACUAUCUUCUGUUAAUUUGCCUGGUGGAGAAAUGAGAAGGAAAACAGAAGAAGAUGAAUUAAUGAUGCGACAUUACUUGGAAGUUGGAGAUCUCAUUAGUGCAGAAGUUCAGUCUGUAUUUGCAGAUGGAUCUCUUUCACUGCAUACAAGAAGUUUGAAAUAUGGAAAGUUAUCCCAGGGUCAGUUUGUCAAAGUACCUUCAUCACUGAUUCAAAGAAAGAAAACUCAUUUUCAUAAUAUUGUCAGUGGCAUUCAGAUUAUACUCAGCAAUAAUGGAUACAUAUGGAUCUCUCCUGCUGUUGGAGAAGGAGUAGAAACAGGAGGCUUUGCCCAAAACCUAGAGUGUGUUUCAAAAAUGGAUCGUGAGAAUAUAGCCCGACAGAAUUGUAUAUUAGCAUUAGCAAAACAUAAUAAAUUACUGUCUGAUACAGUAAUAUUGUAUGCAUAUGAAGAAUCCUUGGGAUAUCAAGCAAAAGAACUUUUAAAGCCAGAAGUUAUGAGUUCUGUUGUUGAUUUGGUUGAGCAAAGAAGAGAACUUGAAAGAAAUUAA